UUUUUGGUCUGGUCACAACCUCCACCUUGGUCUAACCACAGGGUUGCAUUUCUUUACCAUGGAUUACUCACAAUCUCAAUGUGGUGUUUCAAAACGCCUUUCAUGGGGGAAAGUCGUCGAAAAACUGCUCCAUCAUGCCGAAGACACCAAAACAAUUGUGAAAAGAGACUCAGGGUGUUUAUCUGUGCUUUCGAUGGACGACGACCCAUUUGAAGAGGCUCUGUGUGUGGAGACGGUGGCCAACAUGUCUGAUCUCCUGAAUGAGAGCAGUGCUGAGCUUCUUGGCUCCUCCAGACUGAUUGUUCCUCAUGUUUUACUAGAGAGAAUCGGUCAGGAGCUGCUGCAGCUGGCGGCCACUGAACCCUGUGGUCUCAGAGGAGCUGUUGUCGACGUGUGUGUGGACAACAGCAAGAGUCAUCAGAGUGUGGGACAGAUAUCCGUGGAUCCAGACAUUGUUCCAACUUUUCAUCUCACUUUUUUACUACGUCUGGAUCUUGGUGGACUGUGGCCAAAGUUUACGAGUAGGAUCAGUAAUUCUGUAAAAAUGAGUCCAGGCUUUACAGUGGUGAAAAGAAAACUGUACAGCUCGGAGGAAGUGUAUGUGGAAGAAUUAUGAUCUGAAGAUGGCACUUCUUUUGAACUCUUAAGAGUUCUAGGUGUGUGGUAGCCUAGUGGUUAAGUUCGAUCCCAGGCCCACCAAGCUGUUGGGCACCUGAGCAAGGCCCUUAACCCUCAUUUGCUUAGUUGUAUAAAAAUGAGAUAAUGUAAGUCACUCUGGAUAUAAGGGCAUCUGCCAAAUGCUGUAAAUGCAUUCUAGGCAAACUCUACUUGAAAACUCUGGCAAGUUUUUCUUAUUUAAAAUAAGAAAUUAGACAAAUAUUGAUGUAUGGGUUUUACUAUACAAUUUAUUGAGCUAUAGGGCAAACUUACUGGUUUUAAAAUUUUUACUAGUCCUAAAAAUACCCAUCACUCAGGUAAUGGCAGCUAAAAAGUAUGAGUACUUCAGGGGAAAAACUACUGUAGACAUUUUAUAAUCGUGCCUGUUUAAUUCUCGAAAAUACUUGAAUGUUUGCACAAAUGAAAUUUGCACUACCUCA